AUGACAAUUUUGGCCGUUGGGCGCAAAUCGGUCGACGUCAGUGCCGAGCUUGAUUCUUACAAAACAAAUGGAACGUUGAGUUGUUUGAAGUUCCUUGAUUUUACACCAGUUCUGGUCAACGAGAUGUUGGCACUCUCAAACAUCAAUCGACGCCUCAGUGAAAACUUGUUGUACUGUUUUUCAAAUGUAAGCUUUUUGUGGGCCUUUUCUCCGGAGCGUUCAGCCACAAGGUUAGUCUUGAACCCUAUCACAAGUUUGGAAUCACUUUCACAAAAUUCUCCCCUGACACUUGAAUCCAUAUCUUCAUCGGAGAUUCACAGGUAUGACGUUAUUAUAAAGGCAAUCUCGAAUUAUCGCGGAAAGCUUUGCCUGGCAAUUCUCAGUGCGAUACCACAAGCCUGUAACAAACGAGAGCGGACUAAUUUCAUCCAACGGAUUUUCCAAAGCCUUCGCGAAUCCUGGCUACCUUUCGGUGCGGAACUCCGUGAUACUGACGACAAAAAUAUAUUUGAUACAUCUCUUCACGAGCUGAUGGUCAAAUAG